CACCUUACUGCAGUUGGUCUUUGUGGCCGACAAAGUCAUUAGGAUUUGCUAUUAAAAAAAAUCUUGGGUUUAUGCUUUGUGGAAUAAAGUCUCCUCCGCACACUCAUCAGAUCAGAUCUGACUGCAGAUCUUUGGACUUGAGAUCUCAGACUACUGCAAUGGCCGCUUCCGAUGCCGCCGCCAAGAGAAGAAGUCUAAACGAGGGUUUGGCAGAUCCAAAGCUGCAGCAAUCAUCAACGGGCAUCAGCUCCAGCAGCAGCGGAAGCAGACCCUCACCCUCCUACGGUCGUGGUUACGAAGUCUUCCUGAGCUUCCGCGGGGCUGAUACCCGGGAUGGCUUCACUGAUUUCCUCUACACUAGCCUGAGAGAUGCCGGGGUCGAUGUUUUCAGGGACAAUGAAGAGCUCCAUGUUGGGGAAGAGAUCGGUCCCCAGCUCCUCGACAGGAUUGAGCGGUCCAAGAUCUCUAUCCCCAUUUUCUCCAAGAACUACGCCUCCAGUAAAUGGUGCCUCCGGGAGUUUGCUUGUAUGAUGGAAUGCAGGAAGAGGAUGAAGCAGACUGUGCUUCCCAUUUUCUACGAUGUCACGCCGAAUGAGGUUCAGCACCCCGAGAAGGGGAUUUAUGCCGAGGCCUUUUCUAAGCACGUGGAAGAUUCAAAGCGCGACCCGAGGAUCGAUGUUCGAAAGUGGAGGGAAGCUCUUGAGGAGGUUGGAACAUUGAAGGGCUGGGAUUUACAGAAUGAGACGAACGGACAUCAAGGACAAUUGAUAAAGCUAGUUGUCGGAAGGUUACUGAGUGAUUUGAAGAAAGGCCAUCUUAUUUUGACCGAAAAAUUUGUCAGAGUCGAUGAUAAGAAAAGAGCGGUCAUGAGGUUGCUUGAGGUGGGGAACGAAGACGUGAGAACUAUUGGGGUCUUUGGUAUGGGCGGCAUUGGUAAGACAACACUUGCCAAGGUCAUCUAUAAUGAAAUUAUGGACUACUUCGACAGUUGCAGCUUCCUCAAAGAUAUCCGUGCAACAGUAUUGCAUUUGGGUGGCCUUAAGUGCCUGCAGAAUCAGCUAGCUGCAGAUCUCUCUAGAUGUAAAGACCAAGACUUCACUACGACUGAUGAAGGAAUGGAUGAGCUGCAACGCAGGUUUCGGGAGAAGAAAGUUCUCGUUGUUCUCGAUGAUGUCGAUGACAGUAACCAACUCAAGGAACUGGCCUCAGUUGCUUGGUUUGGUCCAGGAAGCAGAGUCAUCGUUACAACCAGAAAUAAGAAUGCUCUAGGUUUGACUCCGGAAGAAUUGCAAUAUGAAGUCGAGGAAAUGAAUCCUGUCUGGUCAAUGGAACUCUUCUGCAAGCAUGCUUUCAGGAGUGACUCUCCAACGGUUGAAUUAAGGGCUCUGUCUGAUGCUAUUGUGAAUACAACCGGAGGGCUUCCUUUAGCGCUUGAGGUUAUAGGGUCUUACCUUUGUGGAAAAGGGAAGGUCAUAUGGAAAGAGACGUUAAAGAAGUUGAAAGAAAAACCUCAUAUGAAAGUCCAAGAAAAGCUGAGGAUCAGCUAUGACUCGUUAGAACUUGAACAACAAAAAAUAUUUUUAGACAUUGCAUGCCAUUUUAUUGGAAAAGAUAGACGAGUGGCGAUUCACAUGUGGGAAGAUUGUAAGUUUUAUCCAGAAAGUGGACUUGAUGAACUCAUUCUGCGGUCUCUUAUUAAGAUCGGGGGGGACAACACAUUCUGGAUGCACGAUCAACUAAGAGACCUUGGCAGAGCAAUAGUUCAACAAGAGGAUGAGAAAGAACCAGGGAAUCGAAGUAGGUUGUGGAACAACGAAGAAGCAUUAAGUGUACUGCAGGAAAAAAAGGGUUCACCAUGUAUUGAAGCCAUUUGUCUAAAGUUUCCACAUUUGGAGGUUGAACAUAGGCGUCUUACUGACCAAAACUUUAGAAACAUGUCCGCUUUGAGGUUCCUUGAAAUAGAUGGUGCUGCCCUUGAUGGGGAUUUCCGGAACCUGUUUACAAAGUUGAGAUACCUUUGUUGGCGAUAUGGGGGGCAAGCGUGUGAGCCAACCAACUUAGAUUUAAAAAGCCUGGUUGUUCUUGAUCUAUCAGGCAGCUUGGUCACGCAUGAUUGGAGAUGCUGGAGCCUCAUGCAGACUGCAUCGAAGCUUAAAGUUCUUAUUUUGGAGGAAUGUCACCUAUUAACAUCAACCCCAGACUUCUCAUUGUUUCCAAAGCUGCCUAAUCUAUCAAACUUAAAAGCAUUGAGAGAGAUGAAUGCAGGAGGAUGUCAAAAGCUGCGAGAACUUGAAGGACUUGGUGGGUUGGUAGAUUUGGAAGAGUUGUCUAUUAGAGGAUGUACUAAAAUUGAAAAGCUGCCUAAUCUAUCAAACUUAAAAGCAUUGAGAGAGCUGAAUGCAGGAGGAUGUCAAAAGCUGCGAGAACUUGAAGGACUUGGUGGGUUGGUAGCUUUGGAAGAGUUGUCUAUUGGAGGAUGUACUAAAAUUGAAAAGCUGCCUAAUCUGUCAAACUUAAAAGCAUUGAGAGAGAUGUAUGCAGGAGGAUGUCAAAAGCUGCGAGAACUUGAAGGACUUGGUGGGUUGGUAGCCUUGGAAGUGUUGUCUAUUGAAGGAUGUACUGAAAUUGAAAAGCUGCCUAAUCUAUCAAGCUUAAAAGCAUUGAGAGAGAUGUAUGCAGGAGGAUGUCAAAAACUGCGAGAACUUGAAGGACUUGGUGGGUUGGUAGCUUUGGAAAAGUUGAAUAUUGAAGGAUGUAUUGAAAUUGAAACGCUAUCUAAUCUAACAAGCUUAAAAGCAUUUAGAGAGAUGUAUGCAGGAGGAUGUCAAAAGCUGCGAGAACUUGAAGGACUUGGUGGGUUGGUAGCUUUGGAAAAGUUGAAUGUUGAAGGAUGUACUGAAAUUGAAAAGCUGCCUAAUCUAUCAGACUUAAAAGCAUUGAGAGAGAUGUAUGCAGGAGGAUGUCAAAAGCUGCGAGAACUUGAAGGACUUGGUGGGUUGGUAGCUUUGGAAAAGUUGAAUAUUGAAGGAUGUGCUGAAAUUAAAAAGCUGCCUAAUCUAUCAGACUUAAAAGCAUUGAGAGAGAUGUAUGCAGGAGGAUGUCAAAAGCUGCGAGAACUUGAAGGACUUGGUGGGUUGGUAGCUUUGGAAAAGUUGAAUAUUGAAGGAUGUGCUGAAAUUAAAAAGCUGCCUAAUCUAUCAGACUUAAAAGCAUUGAGAGAGAUGUAUGCAGGAGGAUGUCAAAAGCUGCGAGAACUUGAAGGACUUGGUGGGUUGGUAGCUUUGGAAAAGUUGAAUAUUGAAGGAUGUAUUGAAAUUGAAACGCUGCCUAAUCUAACAAACUUAAAAGCAUUUAGAGAGAUGUAUGCAGGAGGAUGUCAAAAGCUGCGAGAACUUGAAGGACUUGGUGGGUUGGUAGCUUUGGAAAAGUUGAAUGUUGAAGGAUGUACUGAAAUUAAAAAACUGCCUAAUCUAUCAGACUUAAAAGCAUUGAGAGAGAUGUAUGCAGGAGGAUGUCAAAAGCUGCGAGAACUUGAAGGACUUGGUGGGUUGGUAGCUUUGGAAAAGUUGAAUAUUGAAGGAUGUACUGAAAUUAAAAAGCUGCCUAAUCUAUCAGACCUAAAAGCAUGGAGAGAGAUGUAUGCAGGAGGAUGUCAAAAGCUGCGAGAACUUGAAGGACUUGGUGGGUUGGUAGCUUUGGAAAAGUUGAAUAUUGAAGGAUGUAUUGAAAUUGAAACGCUGCCUAAUCUAACAAACUUAAAAGCAUGGAGAGAGAUGUAUGCAGGAGGAUGUCAAAAGCUGCGAGAACUUGAAGGACUUGGUGGGUUGGUAGCUUUGGAAAAGUUGAAUGUUGAAGGAUGUACUGAAAUUAAAAAGCUACCUAAUCUAUCAGACUUAAAAGCAUUGAGAGAGAUGUAUGCAGGAGGAUGUCAAAAGCUGCGAGAACUUGAAGGACUUGGUGGGUUGGUAGCUUUGGAAAAGUUGAAUAUUGAAGGAUAUACUGAAAUUGAAAAGCUGCCUGAUCUAUCAAACUUAAAAGCUUUGAGAAAGAUGAAUGUAGGAGGAUGUCAAAAGCUGCGAGAACUUGAAGGACUUAGUGGGUUGGUAGCUUUGGAAGAGUUGGAUGUUGAAGGAUGUACUGAAAUUGAAAAGCUGCCUGAUCUAUCAAACUUAAAAGCUUUGAGAAAGAUGAAUGUAGGAGGAUGUCAAAAGCUGCGAGAACUUGAAGGACUUAGUGGGUUGGUAGCUUUGGAAGAGUUGGAUGUUGAAGGAUGUACUGAAAUUGAAAAGAUGAAUGCUCGAGGAUGUCAAAAGCUGCGACAACUUGAAGGACUUGGGGGGUUGGUAGCUUUGGAAGAGUUGGAUGUUGAAGAAUGUAUUGAAAUUGAAAAGCUAUCUAAUCUAUCAAACUUAAAAGCUUUGAGAAAGAUAAAUGCACGAGGAUGUCAAAAGCUGCGAGAACUUGAAGGACUUGGUGGGUUGGUAGCUUUGGAAGAGUUGGAUGUCGAAGGAUGUACUGAAAUUGAAAAGCUGUCUAAUUUAUCCAACUUGAAAGCUUUGAAAAAGAUGAAUGCACGAAGAUGUGAAAAGCUGUGAUAACUUGAAGGACUUGGUGGGUUGGUAGCUUUGGAAGAGUUGGAUGUUGAAGGAUGUACUGAAAUUGAAAAGCUGUCUAAUUUAUCAAACUUGAAAGCUUUGAAAAAGAUGAAUGCACGAAGAUGUCAAAGGCUGCGAGAACUUGAAGGACUUGGUGGGUUGGUAUCUUUGGAAAAGUUGGAUGUUGAUGACUGCAAAAAGCUACAAGAACUUGAAGGGCUUGAUGAGUUGGUAACAUUGGAGGAGUUAUCUAUUCAAAGAUGUAGAGAAAUUGAGAAGCUUCCUAAUUUAUCAAAGUUAAAAGCAUUGGCAAAGUUGUGUGUGAAUGACUGUGAAAAGCUGCAAGGACUUGAAGGGGUUGAUGGGUCGGUAGCAUUAGAGGAGUUGUCUAUUGAAGGAUGUACUGAAAUUGAUAAACUGCCUAAUCUAUCAAACUUAAAAGCUUGGAGAAAGAUGCAUGCUGAUAAAUGCAAAAAACUGCAAGGACUUGAAGGGCUUGUUGAGUUGGUAACUUUGAAGGAGUUAGCUAUUGAAAGAUGUGGAGAAAUUGAGAAGCUUCCUAAUUUAUCAAAGUUAAAAGCAUUGAGAAAGUUGUGUGUGAAUGACUGUGAAAAGCUACAAGGACUUGAAGGGCUUGAUGGGGCGGUAGCAUUAGGUGUAUUGUAUAUUGAUGGAUGUGAGGAAAUUGAAAGACUGCCUGAUCUAUCGAACUUGAAAUUGUUGAGCAAGUUCUCUGCAGUUGGCUGCAAGAAGCUACAAGAGCUUGGAGGACUUGAAGAAUUGGCAGCACUUAUGGAGCUAGUGAUAACUGGAUGCAUAGGAAUCAAAGAACUCCCUAAUCUGUCAAAACUAAAGCUUUUAAGUUUUCUGGAUGUCUCCAAAUGUGCUAAUCUUGUAGAAAUUGAUGGACUUAAUGGGUUGGAAAAAUUGAAGGUCUUGAACUUCUCAGAAUGUGAAGCUAUCAAGAAGUUACCAAAUCUACAGAGCUUGAAAAGUUUAGCAUAUUUGUCACUUGAUGACUGCAAGAAGCUACAGGAACUUGAAGGAGUUGAUGAGUUAAACAAUUUGGUGCACCUAAGCAUCGCAGGGUGCAAGGAAAUUAAAAAGCUGCCUACCUUAUCAAGACUGGACAAAUUAGUUUAUCUAAAGUGUAAGGGUUGUGAAAAUUUGCCAGAGGCUUGGAGGACGGAGGCACUGGAACGGUUUAAAAAAGAGCUGGAACAGAGACUUGAAUUUCUCGAUGAGUUCCAUAAUCUUUGCCUUCAUGAUGUCCAAAACCCACAACAAAUAGUCAGAGACUCGGUCGAGUCUGGUUUUGCCGAUACUUCCUUGAAGAUCCUGGGCCUCCCAUUUUCUGCUGUACAAACUAAAAUUUUUAGCGUGAGACUAAAGGAGGGCUAUGAGCUAAUAAAAAUGGAUGAAAAUUUAAGAAUUGCAUUUGUCAGCAAUCUUCAUCGCGUUAGAUCGAAUUUCAUAACUGCCUCGAUCUGGAAAAAGAUUUUCAAUCAAGCUGUUCUCAAGCAGUUUGCAAGGCUUCUUCCCCAAUCUGCAACUACUGUUCAAUCAUCAUGA